AUGGAUGAGACGGGUCCGACGCCAACUUACAUGAAGUGCACGAAUUUCAUGGAGGAGUCCCUCUGUUUGGCAGCCGCUGAGGGCAAACUGAACAAAAUGAUCAGGAUCCUGCAGGAGCGUGUCGACCCGGACUGUAGAAAUGGCGUAGGUUACACGCCGCUGCAUUUGGCUGCCCAAGCGGGUCAGUUUGAGGCAGUUAAAUUGCUGCUUUGCAAUUGGGCCUCACCGGAUCCCCUGAACGCCAGUAAGGUGAGCCCACUGCAUCUGGCCGCCAAAAAUGAUCAUUACAAGGUUGCCCAACUGUUAAUUUUGGUCGGAGCGGAUCCCGGCAGGGCCUGUUGGUCUGGCUGUACGCCGAGGGAGUUUGCACCCUUCGACAGCGCGACUCAGCACAUGAUUGAAGAGUGCCUCAAAGGAAAGUAUCCGGAUCCUCUGGACGUGUUUGAAAUGAAGGGAGAACCUCUUGUACCGGCAUUUUCUAUACCGGAACCAGAUCCGGAUACCAAGAAGGCAUCCCCGAAGAAAGAGGGAGCAAAAGCGAAGAAGUAG